AUGAGUAGGAGGCAUCAAAAUGUCAAAACUCAAAACAAAUCUGCAACAUCUCAUUUGGAACAAAUGUGUGCAUUGGAUAUCAAUGCCGAAACAAGCUUUGUAAGAUUGUCUGGAAUUAUUUGCACAAUCGGUCCUGCUUCAAGAGAUCCAGAAAUAUUAGAAAAAAUGAUGGAAACAGGCAUGAAUAUUGCUAGACUUAAUUUUAGUCAUGGUAGUCAUGAAUAUCAUGCGGAAACAAUUAAAAAUAUAAGAAAAGCUGUCGAAAGUUAUAGUAAAAAAUUAGGAUUGAAUCAUCCUUUGGCCAUCGCAUUAGACACAAAGGGACCAGAAAUCAGAACUGGACUUUUAGAAGGAGGAGGUUCAGCUGAAAUUGCAUUAAAAACUGGAGAUGAAAUAAUAUUAACAACAGAUAAGCAAUAUCAGGAUAUAGGAAAUGAAAAAAUGAUUUAUGUCGAUUAUAAUAAUAUAACUCAGGUUGUUAACUUAGGUGACAAAGUUUUCGUUGAUGAUGGCCUUAUUUCAUUGAUUGUUCAGAAAAAAGAGGAUAAAUCACUGGUUUGCUUGGUUGAAAAUGGUGGAAUGUUGGGAAGCAGGAAAGGUGUAAACCUUCCUGGAAUUCCUGUCGAUUUACCAGCUGUGUCUGAAAAGGACAAGGCCGAUUUAAAAUUUGGCGUAGAACAAGGAGUCGAUAUGAUAUUUGCUUCUUUUAUACGUGAUGCAACAGCACUUACCGAAAUUAGAAACGUUUUGGGCGAAGCUGGAAAAUCGAUAUUAGUCAUUUCGAAAAUAGAAAAUCAUCAGGGUUGGGUUAAAUUAGAUGAAAUCAUUGACGCAAGUGAUGGCAUCAUGGUCGCGAGAGGAGAUUUGGGUAUAGAGAUACCACCGGAAAAAGUUUUCCUCGCGCAAAAAUCAAUGAUAGCACGUUGCAACAAGCUUGGGAAACCCGUUAUAUGUGCGACACAAAUGUUGGAAUCCAUGGUUAAAAAACCCCGUCCGACACGUGCGGAAACGUCAGACGUGGCAAAUGCUAUUUUAGACGGAGCCGACUGUGUCAUGCUUUCAGGUGAAACUGCCAAAGGAGAUUAUCCGCUUCAGUGCGUUUUAACAAUGGCAAAUAUUUGCAAAGAAGCCGAGGCUGCCGUUUCGCACAAACAACUUUUCAUAGAUUUAAGUACCGCUAUUAAAGUUCCGGUCGAUGCCGGUCACGCGGUCGCCAUAGCAACCGUCGAAGCCGCAAUUAAUUGUAAUGCGGCCGCCAUUGUCGUGAUAACAACCUCUGGCAAAUCCGCUCAUUUAAUCGCUAAAUAUCGGCCACCUUGUCCGAUAAUAGCCGUCACGAGAAAUGCUCAAAUAGCAAGGCAGUGUCAUUUGCACCGCGGAGUUUUACCCAUACACUACACGGUUGAUCCACUUCCGGAUUGGUUGAGAGACGUUGACGCAAGAGUUCAAUCCGGAUUACAAUUCGGACAAAGACAGGGAUUCAUACUUCCCGGAGAUCCGGUCAUAGUAAUAACCGGAUGGAGACAGGGAUCCGGAUUUACAAACAACAUGCGUGUCGUGUACGUAUCAGAACAAGGAAAAGGUUUUCUGGGGUUGUUGUAA